AUGCAAGCACGUGGUGCACCGGUUCCACCGAUCGAGGGUAUACCCAUUCUAUUGCUCGCAGGCGAAACAGUGAGCGAAGAAGACGAUGCCUUCGCUCACUGGGUGCACUAUGUGCGUCGCCUCAGCAACAUUUUUGCUCAAAGGGCUAGUGCCCAUGCGGCGGAUGUGCGUCUCGAACGCAAUCUUCGGUAUGAUCAUGCCAAGCUUAAGGCCAGAGGCCAAUUGCGCAAGCGCACGCGCUAUGCUUCGGCUACUAAGGUAGCCGCGAGUGCUGGUCAGCCUGUGGCCAAAAACCCGCUAACCCGCACCACUAGUGGUGGGGAACGGCCUCGGUCUCGAGAUGACCAUGGCCACGAUGCUCAAAAGCCUCCAAAGCAUAUGGGCAGUCUUGCCAAAAGGGUUCAUCAAAUUCCCAUGAGUUUUCAGACUCAGAAUACCCACGCCACUUUACCAGGUACUGACUGA